UCUGUGUCACAGUGUUUAUUUUGAAGACCAGUCCGUGUGUGUGUGUGUUUGUGUGAGUGAGUGUGUGUGUGUGUUUCAGCAGAAAGGAGGAAAGAUAGCACAAGAACCACAGAAAGAGGAAAGGCAGCUGAAAGGGGGAAGAGAGCAGAGAGAGGGAGCGAGAGACGCAGCGGUGUCACCGAUCAAAAGAGGAAGCUUCAGCGAGUCACGCCACCACAAGCCAACAGAAUACCGUCUCCAGCACGUCACCACCCAAGAGAAGACCGUCCACAGCGCAACACCACCACCCAGCAGAAUACCGUCUCCAGCACGUCAGCACCCAAGAGAAGACCGUCCCCAGCACGACACCACCACCCAACAGAAGGCCGUCUCCAGCACGACAGAGCUUACAGAUACGACUGUAUGCAAGAUAACUGAUACAGUUGUCUCUAGGCUGACUGUCUCUAGGCUAACAGAUAAGACUGUCUGCAGUUUGUCCACUACACCACUGGGCUGACUGGACAGCAGACACCAGGGUGCAGGCCAGGGGUAUGACAUCAGCGCGCCAGAGUCCAAUGGCCACCAGGAGUAGUGGAAGAGAACGGACACACUGCCCCCUACAGGCAGACAGGCACACUGGCAUUCUGCUGAUGAUGAUGAUGAUGAUGAUGUCAGCGCAUGGUCUGGACUCCAUGUGUGAUGCUACUCAGGAUGCUGCAUGUGAUGGGGCUCUGGGAGAACCUGUGUACCUGCAGCUGAUGAGGAACACCAAAGGACAUCAGCUGAGCCUCUAUUAUAAUGACAUAGCUGUUUUUAAAUUCAGAAAAUUCAAGUCAGUGUUCUAUGAGGACUUCAACACCACAUCAGUCCUCCAGAGGUGGCAGUUUGUUUCUGAUAACGGGACCAUGAUUAUCAACCCUGCAGAGAGGAGAGACGCAGGAACAUACAGAGUGGAGAUCACUGAUAAAGACGGGAAAUCAGUGGGAGAUCACACAGUGCAGCUGAUUAUAGAAGCCCCUGUGUCUGGUGUGGACCUGUCAAUCAGCUGCUCAGCCAAUGGGGAGAGGAGUGUAAGGUGCUCCUCCAAUGGGGACAGUCCUCAGUACAGCUGGUCUCUGGAUGGGAGGCCCCUGGGUGAAGCUGAUGCUGAUCUCAGUUCAGAUAACCAGCCUCUCCUGCUGAGGGGGAAUGUGACUGGACAACUCACCUGCAGCGUCAGGAACCACGUCAGCAGCAAACACACCACCAGACUGAUGGAGCUCUGCUAUGGUGCCUCCACCACUCCACCAGCUAACCACACCCUCCCCUCUGCCCACACAGAGCGCCCAGUCUCAGACACUGCAGUGAUUUAUGUGUCAUCCUUCCUGGUGUUCAUCCUUGUGUGUCUGUGUGUUGCUGCGUGGAUGUUCUACAUCUGGAGGAAAAGGAGAAAUACACACACACCAGUAAAGGAAGACCCUGAUGGUGUAGUGUAUGUCAAGGUAACUAGCAACACCAGAAGAUCAGACAUGCAAGGUGUGGAAGCCCAGGAGGUGGUGUAUUCUGAUGUUGCCACGGCGAACAGGAGGAGCAGAUGCAAGAGCAGGAAGCCUCCAGCAGAGGCAUAUGAGUUGGAGUAUGCGGAGGUGUCGGCUUAUAAGCGUCGAGCUCCAGGUGACACACACACACCAGCAGAGACGGUGGAGUACGGGGAAGUGCGAGUACACACACACACACCUGCACAGCAGGACAACAGUGUGUAUGCUCACGUGGACCCACGACAGUGAGGGCUGUGCCAAUGUGUGUGUGUGUGUGUGUGUGUGGGUAUGUGUGUGUGUAUACAGUUGUAUUAUCAGGUUAUGGUCCAGUUAAAUGCUUGACCAUAACUGACAUAGCUAUGAAGUGACACACUUGACUUGGGAUUUUAUCUAGAGAAGAUAACACACUCUUAUAUUGAAUUCAGUAGGACAGCCAGGCUGUUGUUCAGGGUUCCCAUGGGUCAUCGAAUUUCUGGAAUAUCAUGGAUUUUAGAAAGUUUAUUCCAGACAUGGAAAGUCAGGGAAUUUGAUCAUUCUUGGGACAAAGGCAUGGAAUAUCAGGGAUUUUUAUUGUAGCAGUUUAAAAUUGACUUGCCGAAAUACAUUAAUACAGAUAUAUUUCCCUGCAGAAUUGGUGUAUAUCUGGUUAUUAGCUUUACUGCUUGUUUGAGUAGUUGUGAUUAGCCAAACUUUGUUUAUUCAAUGCCCAUUUAAUCAUCUUCCUAAAAAAGUAAAAGAUUCUUGAAUGCUC